AAAAAUUAAGUAAAAAAUUUGUUAUUAAAAUCUGUUUUAUCCCGUUUGAUCGUCGGAAAAAGGAUCAAUAUCGCCAAGAUGGCAAUUUUCGAGUGGCGAAAAUUUAAUUUCUUCGACCUUCGAAAAGGCGUUGAUAAGGACCGGGUUGCGGAAACUUUACAAGACGCUCGGAUAACGGCCACUGCUAGUGGUAACAAUGCAAUUGUAAUAUGCGACUCGGAGGGCAUGAUCCACAGCUUUAGCCGCUCUUGGGAACCGAUCAGCUUCAAGGCCCACGAAGGAUCGAUUCUGCUAUGUGACGUUUCUAAGCAGAAUAACAUGUUGGUCACGGUUGGGGAAGACAAUGGACCAUCGUUCAAGGUAUGGAACCUGUCCAAGAUGAACUCGAUAACUGGGGCGCAGUGCUUGCGAACCGCGAAGACGAUGGUUGCAAUGCCGACGGCCCUGGCUGUUUCCGAGGGUGGUCAGUUCAUGGCGAUUGGGUUUUCGAAGGGAAGCAUUUCGCUGUACCGGGGGGAUAUUAGUAGAGAUCGGUCCAAGACGCUGAAGCAGCUCAUGGCAGGAACGACGGACAUUACGGGAAUUGCGUUUAAGCAUUUCAAUAAGAUUACGCAAAUGUUCGUCUGUUCCGAUUCGGGUGUUUACCUGUACAAUCUUCAAACUCGCGAUAAAGAGAUGAGGAUAAUUCUGGAUACAAUCAGUUCCCCGGUUGGAUGCUGUGCUCUUCAGACGGGUCACAACGAAGGUCACUUCAUGGUAGGACGAGAGGAUGCUGUUUAUUGCUACACUUCGGAUGGACGUGGUCCUUGCUAUGCUCUGGAAGGCAAGAAAACGCUCCUCCAGUGGUUCCGGUCCCAUUUGCUGAUCGUAUCGAAGAACACUCGAACCACCGGAAUGAAUGUAGGCGGGUUUGUGCUCACCGUGAUAGACAUCCAGAAUAAGUUUAUCGUCUUCACGUGCCCAAUCGAAGAAGUUGCGGCGAUACUCACGGAGUUCGGUUCCUGCUUCAUAUUGACCGAAAGCAAACAUAUUUUCCAUUUGGACGAAAAAGAUCUUCAAAGCAAACUGAAUUUGCUAUUUAAGAAAAAUCUGUACGAUAUAGCAGUUAGAAUAGCCAAAAGCAAUCAAUAUGACGCUGAUGGAUUGGCUGGAAUAUUCAAACAAUACGGGGAUCACCUUUACAGCAAAGGAGACUUUUCCGGAUCGGUUGAUCAGUAUAUCAAAACCAUUGGCUUCUUGGAACCGUCUUACGUGAUUAGAAGAUUUCUAGAUGCUCGUCACAUACACUACCUAACCGAUUAUCUGCAAGCGAUUCACAAAUCUGGUAGGGCAACAGCCGAUCAUACAACGCUGCUAUUGAACUGCUUCACGCGAUUGGAUCGUACCGAGCAGUUGAAACAGUUCCUGGAGAACGAGAACAAGUUGAACUUAUUUGAUGUGGACGUUGCAAUCAAGGUGUGUCGAAAUGCAUCCGUCGAGCAAGCCAUGUCCCUGGCAAAGGCUCACAAAAAGCAUGACUUAUGCCUUAGCAUCCUAACGGAGGAUCUUCGUCGUUUCGAAGAUGCUUUGAUGUACAUUAUGCAACUCGAUUUCCACGAAGCUGAAAGUAAUGUGAAAAAGUACGGCAUCCUUCUGAUGGAGCACUGUCCAGAUCGGACGAUUCAACUGCUGAAAAAGCUCUGUACGGACUAUGUUCGUACGGAUUUGGGUUCGAAUGCCCUUCAGGACCAUUUCGGUGACGACAUACAAACCAUGCUCGACAACGGGUUCAAUAAUGAGCGUGGCAAUCCGGAAGAUUUUAUACACUUGUUCUCGAACGAUGAACGGCUGAUCGAUUUUCUGGAGCAUCUCAUCAUGAACAUACCGUCCUGUAGCAAGUUUGUGUACAAUACUCUAAUAGAGCAUUAUCUGUACCGAUGGCGGGAGGCACCGGCAAUAGAGAGUAAACUUUUGAACUUACUCAAGAACGAUGCCGAUCGGUACGACAAGAACCACGUGCUGAUCCAGUGUCGGGUGUACCAAUUUUGGCCUGGGGUAAUGUACCUGUACGAAGAGGAUAAGCUGCAUCACCUGAUCAUUAGGCACUAUUUGAACAACAGUGACUACGAGAAUUUACUGAAGAGCUGCCGGAAGCUGGGCCAAAACGAUGCGUCCCUGUGGCUGUUGGCUUUGAAUGGGUUGAAGAAUGAUCCAGACGCUCCUCCAAAGCUGCUGUCCCAGGUGCUGCAGGUGAUAGCUCACGAGAAACUCCAAGCGCCACUGCAAAUACUCAACUGCAUGGCCGUGGAGAAUGGACCGACACUGCUACCCGUGCGAGACUACUUCAUGCAGGUGUUCGUAAAGGAACAGGAAUCCACGCACCACGACGAAGAACUUGCGCGCAAGUACAGUGAAGAAACGACAUCGAUCAAGAAACACAUCAAACACCUCCAGGAGGGCAAUGUGGAAUUCCGCAACACGGUAUGCGAUACCUGCAAGCAACCCCUAUCAUGGCCGGCCCUGUUCUUCCUUUGCAAGCAUUCCUAUCAUCAAGAUUGCAUCCGCGGUUACUCCGAAACGGAACGGGACUGUCCGGUGUGCAAUAAAAAGAACAUCCAACUGAUGGACACCUUGCGCGCUCAGAGCGAAUCUCGUGGUCAGCACGAGGCGUUUCACAACUUGUUGGAUCGAUCGUCGGAACCGUUCUCCGUCGUGGCGGAAUACUUUGGUCGGGGCUUGUUUAACAAACUGCUAAUCGUCGAGGAGCAGAUUGCUCAAGUGGAGCCAAUGCCCACCCCGGCGGACACCGGCAUUCGCCAGCUAACCAAACAGACCGAACAGAUUCGAAUCACCGACGUGGCAGCCUCGAAAAACACCCAGCUCAGCUACGGUCCCGGUGCCGAAGCUCGAAUACGCCAGGAGGAAGGCCAGCGCACGCAGAUGCGCAUGGAAAUGCAGGAGAGCGAAAUGCGCCUGCGGUUGAUGGAACAGGAACGUAUCCGCCAGCGCCAGCAGGCAGCUCUGCUAGCUCAACAGCAGCUCCGGUUGAGAGAUGAACGCAGUCCCAAACGAUCGCCUUAUGGCAGUCCAAAGCCACCCUCAACGCUGUCGAAUUAUCCCUCCCAGGGGGUUAAACAACCUUCACCAGUGCCACCAGCUGCUAGUAAUCCCUUCGGCGAGGAUGAUGAUAUGUCCGGCUAUGACAGCGCUAAGGAUCCAUUUGCUUCGGAUGAUCCCACGCCAAAGAAGGCGGCGGUGGCGGAUGCUACGAAUCCGUUCGAGGCCUACGACAGCAGUUUAGAUCCGUUUGCAGAGUAGAUUUCGGUGUGUAGGUAGCUUCUGGGAUACGAAGUUGAGAGGCAGAAAAUGAUGAGAACAUCCGGAUAGAAUCGCGAAUCGAAUCAUUCAGGACAAAGGGCACGCAACUAAAGAGAGGUAGGUUAUACAUUUAACAACUCAUUAAUCCUGAACGAGGUCGAAUUAUUUUAUGCAAAGGGAAUACC